CCACUUUCUAGAAUUUUUAGAAGUUAGAAUGUAAGAACUUAUAACCAAAAAACAGAAGUUGUUAGAACCAAACCCACAACUCUAUGAAUCAACUUUACGCACUCCUCUCUAAAGUAAAUUUCUAAAAAAUCGUCUCUCUCUCUCUCUCUCGGUUUUUUUUCUGUUGGUAUCUGCAACUUUUCUUGGAUUGCAAAGUAUCUUCAACUUCAGUGCCAUCGCCGUUGCUUCCCCUAAACAGGAGAGGAUUGAACUUCCUGAGUCUAUGGAGUCCCCCGUCGCUCCUCCUUCGCCUUUGAAACAGCGUUCGGAAUCUGGCUCCGAUGUCGGUAUUUCGGGAAAUGGUGAUCAACCUGAUCGUAACGAGCAAUCUAAUUCGUGGGUAAGCAACAACAAAGAUUUGGACAAUCAGUAUGUUUCGAUUCAGUCGGCAGUGAGAACUGAAGAGUAUCGGCAACUGUUUCAUCUUCCACCCGAUGAAGUCCUUCUUCAAGAUUUUAAUUGUGCUUUCCAUGAAAAUAUCCUUCUUCAGGGUCAUAUGUACUUAUUUGUUCACCAUAUUUGCUUUUAUUCCAACAUAUUUGGAUUUGAGACAAAGAAAACCAUCUCUUUCAAUGAGGUCACUUGUGUACGCAAAGCGAAGACUGCAGCAAUCUUCCCUACUGCAAUAGAAAUUUUCGCUCGGGGGAAAAGGCAUUUCUUUGGAUCUUUUUUCUCUCGCGAUGAAGCUUAUCGGCUCAUUGUCGAUGGAUGGUCACAAUAUAGAAAUGGUAGUAAAGUGGCCAUUGAUCGUCAGGAUUCAAAAUCUGGGUCCAGCACUCUUGUUAUAGUUGAAAAGGGUUGCAGACAACGAGUUAAUGAUCUCCAAUCUUUGGAUAGGAACAAGGAUGUUAAUAUUUCGGAAGAUUGUACGCUUCAAUACAACGGAGAAGAUGAUAAUAGAUCAUCAACAAGGUUUUCAGAAGCAGAGGAGGAUGGAGAAGAAGCAGAGCCAGUUAUAAGUGCCGAGUGUUUUUCUUCUGGAAAACCUUUGACAUUGAAGCUUGAGGAUGUUGAUGCACCUAAGAUACCUGGACAUUACACAAUGGUUGCUGAAUCAAAGUUUCCGCUUCAGGUAGAGGAGUUCUUCAAUAUUUUCUUCUCAGAUGAUGCUGCUGAGUUUAUUGAGUUGUUUCAUAGAAAAUGUGGAGACAAAGCAUUUAGGUGCACUUCAUGGUUUGAACAUGAACAAUUUGGACAUGUUCGUGAUUUGGCAUUUCAGCACCCGAUCAAAUUUUAUCUUGGGGCAAGAUAUGGUAACUGCCAGGAGCUCCAGAAAUUUCACCUCUACAAAGACAGGAAAUCAAUGAUGCACCUUUUGGGGAUUGUUUCCGUGUUGAGGACCUUAAGACAAAGAAGACGAUUGGCUAUCGAGUUGUGGGGCUUUAUCUUCUUGAAGACAGUUCUUCUUCUGUUGCACGUUCAAGGGCUUUGGGAUGUGGAGCGAGAUGGUGAGAAAGGAAAUGAUUCUUGCAUUUUGCGUGUAUAUAUUCAUGUAGCAUUUUCUAAAAAGACAAUAUUGAAAGGGAAAAUAGAGCAGUCAACUAUUGCAGAGUGCAACGGGGUUUCUUCAAUUUGGAUAGAAACUGCACAAGAAAGGCUGAAGAAGAGGAAAGUUGCAAAACUGGAAGGGUCAAAUUCUGAUGUUAACACAACUAAAAAUGAUGCCCAAUUGGAAAGGCAUUUGAAAACUGAAGCACCAUCAGAAGGAUUACAUAAUAUGAGCAAACUUACUGAAGAAUCUGUUUCUCAAGAUUUUAAUACACAGGUUCCAAUUCUGCUGCAAGGAGGCUUUAGUGGCACAACGUUAUUUAGAGAAUCAUUGGUAACGCUACAUUCAUAUUUGAAAAGUCAAAGCCACUUUCCUCUUAUCUUACUCACCGCCUCUGUUUUAGUCCUCCUGAUGGUGCAGGUAUGUGCUUCCCGAAAUGAUAAAUAUAUCCUUUUCUUUCAACAAUUAAAAUAUGUAAGUAGUUUUGCGAUACUUACAUUUUUGCUUCUGUAUAUUUGUUCGAUGUGUUAAAAAUUGAGGGUGAGAACUGGAGAAUCUUGGGGGAAAGAUGGGGAUUGGGGAAAGUGGAAAGCAUGAGCUACUUUCAGAUAGUUAUUGAAUAAACCACUGCAAAAAGUAUCAGUUUGUGUGAAGUUUAUAGGUUUGAUGAGAUUGGAGAUUGCAACGGGGAUAAUCUUAUUAAAGGGCGGGGGUGUGGGGGAGUCAAAGAGAUGUAGGGAAUGAACUAAUGAAGGGUUAAGUUGAUGCAGAUCAAGGUAGGUACUCUACAAAGUGCAAAAGAAGGAAGAAGAACCAGACUCAGUGACUCAGCUCUGCUGUCACUGUGUUAAUUCAGCCUUGCGGUUCUUCCUUGAACCAGUUAUUUUGGUUCAGACUGUGCCCAUUCUUGGGUGUUUUCUGGUUCACUAAAAAGCAGAAAUCGUGGGCCAGUUUUGGAUUUCUGAUUCUAUUUCUUGUUAUCUAGUUGGAUCGGAUUAGAGAUUGAAGUCCAAUUCCUUUUAAUUAAUGUUUAGCAUGGUUUAAAGUAUCAGUGCGUGUUGUGCCGUAUCGGCAGAUAUGUAUUGGUAUCUAUCAGUAUCGAUAUGAUACCCACCGAUAUGAUAUGUUUGUAAAAUAUUUUAUGUAUCGAGGAGUAUGGUGCGUAUCAUACCAUAUUGGCCAAUAUGAUCCAAUACUCUCAAUACUCAUUGAUACAUGCAGAUACUCUCAAUACAUAUAAUUGAGCCCCUGAACAAUUGAAUUACAUGCGUAUCACUCAUCGAUACUCACUGAUACUUAAGAUAGGUAUCUACAGAACCAAUUUCACUUUCAAAACAGAGCUUGUUCUUGGUGGCAAUACUUAAGUUUCCAAAAUUUGAAGCACAACUACACUGACGCAACGGAUUUCACAAUUUUGAUUUACCAUUCUUUCAUAUCCUCCUUGUCCUGAAUUAUGGCAUCUUCAUGUUGAUCAUCUACUCCAAUUUACAUCUGCCAAGUCCUUGUAGCUAGAUAAGUGUCUUCUACUUGAUAUCUCCAUUCCAUGUAAUUCUUAAUUUCUAUAAGAAUCAUCAUAACUAGUGUCACCAUUUCCAUUAAAUGUUGUUUGUCCUUGCAACAAGCCAAGUAUGUUGAUCCUUCCACAAAAUUGAACAUCGUAUCUCAUUUCAUGAUUUCUCAAGUUGCUAAGUUUGUUGCGUGAUGCGCAAGAAAAUGCAUAGAGCAAAUAUGAGAACCAUCUUGUGAGGGACUAGGAGCAAGUCUUGGAAGCAUCUAUAUUACUUGACAAACCAUAAAUUUUCCAGCAUAUUUAUUUUGUCUUCACUAUUGUCUUUCAUAGCAUCUUUGUCAUUUACUUUACUUGACUAUUGUAUGUCCUUCUUAACGCAAGAUAUUCCGAGAUGCACCUUUCAAUGAUAUGAUCUCUCUAUUAAAAUUUUGAUCUCUUCUUUUAAAAGAAAAUAGUCAGAGAUGCCUCUCUCUCUCUCUCUCUCUCUCUCUCUCUUUCUCUCUCGUUGUGCAUAUGGUACACUUUCUAGGAAAUACUUCAACUUCACUUGGAUGGCAAGAUUAAACAAUUACGUUUGAUGUGAUCCUGUCCUUGACAAGUGGCCUACAUCCACAACAUUAGUAUAAAUGAUCAGAAAAUUAUCCAGUUACUGCCAUCCUUUUUGCAGUGCUCUAGUACAGUUAAGUUUGUUUUACUUCUUUUUUGCUAUGUUUGAGUAGAUUUAGGUAAAACAAAAUUAAACUUUGCAUUAAACAUUAAUCAUAGAUUUUAAAAUUUCUUUGAAUUUGACAAAAUCCUAUUACUACAUGCAAGAAACCUCAUCCUUUUGAAUAAUUUUAAUUGAAUACACAUGUCUCUUAGUAUAGUGUUCUCCAUUAUAGUGUUUAUUCCUGAUACAUGCAAGGAUUAAGUAUCGGUAUCGAUCGUCGUGUCGGUCAGCUAAAUUUAAGAUACGUAUCAGAGGGUAUCGUAUAGGAGAUAUGCUAAAGAUCAAGGAUUAAAGUAUCGGUCGCCAUAUCUGUCGGCCAAAUUUAAGAUACGUAACAAAGGGUAUCGUAUCGUAUCGGAGAUACGCUAAGAUAUACACACAUAAAUAGACAUGAUAGACAUUUUUAUACACUUUUGCAUACAAAAAAAUUCAAAAAAUGUUAAGAUACGCACAUAAAUAGA